AUGGGCAGCAAAAACCUAUCCGAAAAUUCUACUACCGAAGGUACCCUCGUCUCCACGCUCAACUCGCUCCUGGUGAAGAUCCUCAUCCCCAUCACGCUCGAGACCCCACAGGACCUUACCCCCUCCCUUCUCCUCGCCAUCCUCGAGUCCAUCAACGGCCUCCGCCUCCCCAUACCUGCCGCUGUCCGCGCCUCCCGCGAUUUUCCCGCCAAAGUCGAGGCGAUGAAAGUCUUUCUCGGCGUCCUCGAGAACGACAUCCUCCGCAUGGACGUCGGCCUCAGCGACGUUGACCCCCGCAAGCUCGCUGCGGGCGACUGGGACGAGGUCGUCUAUGUAGGUGAGCUGCUCUGCUGGCUUGGCAAACUCACGGGGCUCCUCCCGCACGCACCAGAGGACUUGCAAGCGAAUCCUACACCUUUCCGCAGGCACAGCCCGCGCGCGCCCUCGCCUUCCACGCACUCGACGGUGACGAACAGCAUCCACUCGAACUUGUCCAUGACGCGCUCAGCCCCCGCGGAGUCGGACACGACGGUCAUGUCGGUCACAUCCGAUGCCCCAGUGUCCAUGUCUCUCCCCGAACUCGACCUGUUCGGGUUCUCCACCGUACACACUCUGCCAGACCCGCGCCCGCCCAGCCCGCCGUCGCGUCCCCGCCCGCGAUGCAUCCAUGAAGUGGAAGACCGCUCGUUCCUUCGCGACCUCGGUCUGCCAGGAGACGCCUCCUUCACCUCGGACCUCGACGACUCGCAGACAUCCUACUGCAACUGCUCCUUAGACACCCACGCACCAGCGCCACCCCGCACCGUGCGGCACACCGGCUACAUCGCCCCCGUCGACGACGCCAGCGAGAUCCAGUCCUUCGAGGCCAGCCGGCGGAAACAGCGCUCCCACUCGCCCCGCGGGCCCACUCCGCCCCGUCCCGCGCUGACCCCGACCCCACGGCACCCCUCAGUGGGGCGCGGGGCAGGCUUCGUGCUCACGCGGCACACCUCCCCCGCACAGCACACCCUCGCGCUCCUUACCGAGCGCGCCCGGCUCCUCGCGGAGCUCGCCGCGAUGCGUGCCAGCGCAGGUGCGAGUGCGAGCACGAGUACGCGGUGA